GAGGAAGAAAAAUGUCUCUGUAAAAGAGCACUGUGAGCCAAAACCACAGACCUUUGCUAGGCUUCAGUAAGCAGCUAACAGCAGUUGUACACUUCAAUGCUUUGGGAAAGCUUAUCUACAAUAACCAUCCUGAGUAUAAUUCAGUGUUUAAACAGCCUCACCCUGCCGUGGCAGAUCUCUCGGUGGGUUAAUCAUAAACACAGGCAGAAUCCCUAUGGCAGCCAAAGGAUGAAGACUGGAGUGUCUGGCAUGUGUGGGAUGAGUUGUUGAAGGCCAGCUUGACACCAGACAACAGGAAGGUGCAGGAGAUGGAAGGAAAAAAGCACAGAAAGGGGCUGUUUGCUGGCAUGAAGCUGAAGAAGAAGAAAAAAGGCGAGAAAGGGCUGACUAUUGCAAACAAAGACGCAUUGGGUGAUCAUGAUGAGGUUGCAGGUUUUCUCCACGACACUCUUGGAAGACAGGAAGAGGCAGAGGAAGACCUAAUGAACAGUGAUGCUCUCUCCAGUGCUUUUGAACCCUUAAGCCCAAAUAGGAAAAGGGCAAAGCUGGUGACCAGAAUUCAUGAAGAGGAGAUGAAAUCCCAGAACUACCAGAUUGCCAUCACCAUCAUCGAGGCCAGGCAGCUGGUGGGUGAGAACAUCGACCCUGUGGUGAUCAUCGAGAUAGGUGAUGAGAAGAAGCAAACAACAGUAAAGGAAGGCACAAAUGCCCCUUUCUACAAUGAAUACUUCGUGUUCGAUUUCGUUGGACCGCAGGUGCUGCUGUUUGACAAAAUAAUCAACAUCUCUGUUAUGCACAAUAAACUGAUUGGGAGUGUGCUGAUAGGCUCCUUUAAAGUGGAUCUGGGGACGGUGUACAUUCAGCCAGGUCAUCAGUUUUGUGACAAGUGGGCACUUCUCACAGACCCUGCUGACAUUAGGACAGGAGCCAAAGGGUACCUGAAGUGUGACCUCAGUGUGACGGGAAAAGGUGAUGCAAUACAAGCUACACAGAAAACAGCUGAUACUGAGGAGCAGAUUGAAAAGAAUCUCUUGAUCCCCAAAGGCUUCCCAUCUGAAAGACCAUGGGCCAGAUUUUAUGUGAGAAUUUACAAAGCAGAAGGACUUCCAAAGAUGAACUCUAGCAUCAUGGCCAAUGUCACCAAAGCAUUCAUAGGCGACAGUAAGGACCUUGUGGAUCCCUAUGUGGUGGUCAUGUUUGCAGGUCAAAUGGGCCGGACAACAGUGCAAAAGAACUGUGCAGAUCCAGUGUGGCAUGAGCAGAUAAUCUUCAAAGAAAUGUUCCCUCCACUCUGUCGAAGAGUCAAAAUCCAGGUCUGGGAUGAAGGCAGCAUGAAUGAUGUGGCCUUGGCCACCCACUUCAUUGAUUUGAAGAAAAUAUCAAAUGAACAAGAUGGUGACAAAGGGUUUUUGCCUACCUUUGGGCCUGCCUGGAUCAAUCUCUAUGGCUCACCCAGGAAUCACAGCCUCAUUGAUGACCACCAGGAGCUUAAUGAAGGUUUUGGAGAAGGGGUCUCCUUCAGGGGACGUCUCUUCCUUGAGAUUGCUGUGGAGAUACUUUCAGGAGGAGCCCGUGAGUCGAAGUUUUCAAGCAUUAUCAAGGAUAUAAAAUUGUCAUCUAAGGAUAAAGCACUCAAAGGAAAAGACAAAACUGACAAAUCAGGAGAGGACCGAAAGUCAGCUUCUCCUUCAGACAAGAUGAACUCAACUGAAGUGGAAGUUGAGCCAUUUGAUGUACCUUUAGAGAUCUAUGAAGAGAAAAUUGAAGAAUUCCUUCUCUUUGGGACAUUUUUUGAAGCCACAAUGAUCGAUAGGAAGUUUGGGGACAAGCCAAUAACCUUUGAGGUUUCUGUUGGUAACUUUGGAAAUACUACUGAUGGAGUGUCAGCAGGAGCUGGAGUGAAAAAGAAGACACAUAAUGGAGAAGCAGAAGAAAGCCUCCUGUAUGAGGGAGAAGAGGACAUUUCUCAUGACCUUGGAGUACCCCUGGUAUCUACCACACCCCCUGAGAAGCCUCUGAUCACAGGUGGGAACAGGAACUACCAGUACCUGCCAUAUGAUGAGAGGAAGCCCUGUAUCUGUGUAAAGAGCUACUGGGGCAACCAGACCUUUCGGCUGUACUCUUCCAACACUCUUGAGAAAAUGGCAGAUCACCUGGAAGAAUCACUAGAGCAAGUAAAGGACUUGAUCAAGGUUUCAGAGACUGCAGCUGAGGAGAAAAUGAAGAAGACCCUAAAUGGUUUUAUCAAUCAAAGCAGGGCGUUCAUGGUCAUUGCUGAAAAGAAGCCCAAAGGGUUGAACUGCACUGCUUUGGACAAAAAGAGGCUCAUGCUGUUCAAGCAAGAGCUGGAAGCAAUGUCCAGUAAUGCCAAAGCAAUCAUUCAGCAGCAGAAAAAGAAGAUGGCAGUGGAUGAAAUGAUCCGUGAGACUCAGAGCUUUAUAGACAAAAUUCGAUUCUUGGUUGAUGAGCCACAGAAUACAGUGCCUGAUGUGUUCAUCUGGAUGAUCAGCAACAACAAAAGAGUUGCAUAUGCAAGAGUCCCAGCAAAAAACAUCCUCUACUCCCCAGCAAAAGAGCAGAGAGGCAAGGACUGUGGGAAGAUUAAAACUCAUUUCCUGAAACUCCCAGGCAAGCGCCCUCUGGGCUGGACUGUGCAAGCAAAGGUGGACAUCUACCUGUGGCUUGGACCUAGCAGCUAUGCCCACAGUGCCAUGGAGAAUUUGCCUGUAGGAUAUGAGAUUGAAUUACCAUCUAACACCAACUCAGGGCACAGUGUGCUGCCCUCAUCUGCUUGCCUGCUGUAUAAAACCCUGCACCUCUUCCAGCUGAGAGCCCACAUGUACCAGGCCAGGGGGCUCAUUGCCGCUGACAGCACUGGACUUUCUGACCCGUUUGCAAAGGUCACUUUCACAUCACGCUGCCAGACCACAAAGAUCAUUUCUCAGACAUUGUCCCCCACCUGGAAUCAGACACUGCUUUUCAACAGCAUUGUGCUUCAUGGUGACAAAGAGGAGAUCGCGCAGUUCCCACCGGAGAUUGUCAUCGAGCUGUAUGAUGAUGAUGCAGUGGGUAAGGCAGAAUAUAUUGGGUCUACAGUGGCUGCUCCUGUGGUGAGACUUGCUCAUCAAAAUUAUGAACCACCAAAACUUUGUUACCACCCAGUGCACUGUGGAAGUCUUUCAGGAGGGGACCUUCUUGCCACAUUUGAGCUUCUGGAGAUUCCUGAGUCAGAUCCAGACAGACUUCCCCCACUGGGUCCACCAGAUAUUGGCCAGAUUUAUCCAGUCCCAGCUAACAUACGGCCUGUUUUAAGCAAAUACAGAGUGGAGGUCCUGUUCUGGGGGGUUCGAGAGCUGAAGAAAGUCCAGCUCCUCUCGGUUGAUCGGCCCCAGGUUCUCAUCGAGUGUGCAGGGAAAGGAGUCAAAUCCUCUGUCAUACAGAGCUACAAGAAAAAUCCCAAUUUCACUGGCCUUGCAGACUGGUUUGAAGUGGAUCUGCCUGAAAAUGAACUCUUGCAUCCACCACUAAGCAUCUGUGUGGUUGACUGGAGAGCGUUUGGGAGGAGUACUCUUGUUGGAACACAUACAAUCAACUGUCUUAAGCAAUUCCUAUGUAAAACCCCAUUAGGUCUUCAGGCUGCACCUAACAGAGUAGACAUUGCAGAAACUGAAAAAGCUUCCCCUGAAUCAUCCCAGUCUGCUGAGCUAUCCCAGGAAGAGCCAUUUUUAGCUGAUGACAUCUAUGCUGAGGUGGAGCAGGGUAAAUGGACAGUGGUAGAGCCAGACCCAUCCCUCACAGCACUUCCUGCCACUGAGCCAGAGCACUCUGCCUCUGAGCCAGGGAAAGAGAAGAAGCAGAAGGAGAUUAAAAAAUCCAUCCGACGAUCAACAAAGAGGAGAAAAAGAACCAUUGCAGAUGAAUCAGCUGAAAAUGUUAUUGACUGGUGGUCAAAAUACUAUGCUUCUGUGCUCAAAAUGCAAAAGGCAAAAGGAAUUUUUUCCAGUGAAGGAAAACCUGAAGACAAUAAGCAGACUUCUGACCACAUAGCAUUGAUCAUAGAGGAUGAGCCAGACAAAAAGAAGAAGGAUAAGACAUUGAAAAGGAUACAGAAGGAAACUCCAAACCUAGCAACACUGCAGAUUUAUGAAGGAGACUUGGAGAGUGAAUUUAAUAACUUUGAGGACUGGGUGAAAACUUUCCAGCUCUUAAGAGGAAAAUCUAAUGAUGAAGUUCAUGCUGAUGCUGAAGACAGAAUAAUAGGAAAAUUUAAGGGCUCUUUCUGCAUAUACCCAAGUCCUGAGGAUGGCAGCUUGCUGGAUGGAGGGCAGCCCCGCAUCCUGCAAGGGAUCCCCCCAAACCACCCUGUCAAAGUGCUCAUCAGGGUUUAUAUCGUGGCAGCAUUUAACCUCAGCCCAGCUGAUCCAGAUGGGAAGUCAGAUCCCUACAUUGUGCUGAGGCUGGGCAACACAGAAAUUAAAGACAGAGAGAACUACAUCCCCAAGCAGCUAAACCCCAUAUUUGGAAGAUCAUUUGAAAUCCAGGCUACAUUCCCCAAGGAUUCCUUGCUCACAGUCUUGAUCUAUGACCAUGACUUCAUUGGGACAGAUGAUCUUAUUGGAGAGACUAAAAUUGAUUUGGAAAAUCGCUUCUACAGCAGACAUCGAGCUACCUGUGGGUUACAGAGUCAAUAUGAAAUAGAAGGGUACAAUGCAUGGCGAGAUGCAACCAAGCCAAGUGAGAUCCUCACUAAGCUGUGCAAGGACUACAGAAUAAGUGGACCCUUCAUGAGGCCAGGAGAGAUACAAGUAGGAACAAAAAUCUUCAAGGGACAGACAGUCUUCACAGAAGAUGAGAACGAGGAGCCAGUUGAAUCAUACGAACAUCUCUCCUUAAAGGUUUUACGUGCUUGGGAAGAAAUCCCUGGAGCUGGCUACAAACUGGUCCCAGAGCACAUUGAGACUCGGCCCCUCUAUCAUAAGGAUAAGCCAGGCAUGGAACAGGGUCGUGUACAGAUGUGGGUUGACAUGUUUCCUAACGAUAUGCCUCUGCCAGGACCCCCUGUGGACAUUUCACCAAGAAAACCCAAAGGAUAUGAACUGAGGGUAAUAAUCUGGAAUACAGAGGAUGUCAUUCUAGAAGAUGAAAAUAUCUUUACAGGGCAAAAAUCAAGUGAUAUCUAUGUAAAAGGGUGGAUAAAGGGCCUGGAAGAGGACAAACAGGAGACAGAUGUACAUUACAAUUCCUUGACAGGAGAGGGCAACUUCAACUGGCGCUUUGUGUUCCCGUUCCACUACCUCCCAGCAGAGAAACAAAUGGUGGUUACUAAAAGAGAAAACAUAUUUUCCUUAGAAAAGACAGAACGUAAAAUACCUGCCGAGCUGGUGCUUCAGGUGUGGGAUUUUGAAAGACUCUCUUCAGAUGAUUUCUUGGGCACUCUUGAGUUGGACCUGAAUGGGUUCCCUCGGGCAGCAAAGACAGCCAAGAGCUGUGACUUAGACACAGUUGUGGCAGCAAGUGAAGAAAACAAGAUCUCCAUAUUUCAGCAGAAGCGCAUCAGAGGCUGGUGGCCUUUCAUCAAGGCUGGGGAGCUCACGGGCAAGGUGGAAGCUGAGUUUCACUUGGUCACAGCAGAAGAAGCUGAGAAGAAUCCAGUAGGCAAAGCUCGAAAGGAGCCUGAGCCCUUGGAAAAACCCAACCGACCAGACACAUCCUUCUCUUGGUUUGUAAACCCUUUCAAGUGUUUGUAUCAUCUGAUCUGGAAGAAUUACAAGAAGUACAUCAUCAUUGGCAUAAUUCUGCUUAUUCUCGUUAUCUUCCUGGUUCUUUUUAUCUACACACUGCCCGGUGCAAUUAGUGAAAGGAUAGUUAUAGGGAAAAGGUAGAUCAUGGCUCUCAUUCUAGUCAAUCAAGAAAAUUUCUGCUAAAAAUAAGUAAGGCAAAAAGUAUUAAUUAACCUUAAACACAUCUCAUUCCUUGUAAAAAGAAACGUAACUAUUCACAUCAGAAACUGGAGCACUCAGAAUAUUGGAAUGUCUUCUCUGAAUGCUCACUCAGACCCAUCCUUAAGGUACAUUAUCAUUCAUGUACAUUAAUGUACACUAAUGGUGUGUAUUAAUGAUGUACAACAUUACUGCUGCAGCUUUAUUGACAUUAUUAUUGGAAGUGUUGUUAUGCACCUAAAAUUGAAUUUAAGAGUAAAUUCUUCAGUGCUAUGCAGAGAUUAAUUUCUCAGUCAAGUGUUUAUUAUUGCAGAUGAAUGAUUAAAUAUGAGGGUCAAAACCUUUACACAAAGAUAAAUGUAUAAUACAGUCUUUGCAUAGUUUUGUAAUUAAUUUUUUUAAACUGUUUUUCAGUAACCUCAUAAUGGCAUUAUUAUUUUUAGAUGAAAGGUAUUAUUAAAAGAACUCUAAGGUUACAUUUUCUCAUUUGGUGUCAUGUAGAAUUUAUCCUGCACCUCUCAGUAAAAAUGCUGUGCUCUACAAAAACAUCUCACACACUCGUAAAUGAACUAAGUGCCAAUGACAGGGAUGUAGUACCAGAGACUGAAAGAAUUUUUUUCAGCUGCAAAUUGAAUGUGCUGGUGAUCUCUGGAGAAGAGGGAUCAGGAAGAUGAAGACUCGUCCAUGGGCAUUGUGGUAACAAAUGAUCCUUGAAGAAGACAGGCAACAGGGAAAAUCCUGCUGCUUGAAAAGCAAAGGCAAAGAGCAAUGGAAAAGAGAUGGACUGCAGAACAGAACAAACCAUGGAGUGUUAAAGAAAACAAGGAAUAAAACCUUACACUGUUGUCAAUGUGAAAAUCCUUAUCCUACUUAAGAAUACAUAAAAUGUUGCCACCUGUGUCAUGCACAAGGCAAGGCUUGAUAACUCAGUGAUUCCACUUGGCCUUCAGAUGAGUGGUUAUGAAUUUGGAAUAGCCAUCCAAAUCUCCUCCAGUGUCACCCACAAUUAGAUCUGUUGUAAAGACAACCUUUGUGAAAAUGCUUUCCACCAUGCACCCCUCACACAAAGUGUGAGCACCCUUUGCACAUUUCAAAAUAUCAAAAGGCAACACAAAGAGAUCCUAUAAAUGCUGGUAAUUCUGGCAAAAUCAGGGUGCAGGAAUGGAAAAGCAGGCACCUUGAUAAUUUUCAGAAGCCACUUCUAAGGAAGCUUGUUUGGCACUGCUUGUACCUGGCCUGCUAAGGCUGUGCAGGCAGCGCAGGCUGUGCAAUGAGCCUCUGUUCUCUGGCCUAAAACACAGGUAAUUGCAUUAGUCUGGAAAAUGGGUAUCAGUGAAACUUCCCCAGACAAGACAUCUCACCUUUGAAAAGCAUUUUAGAGGCUUAUUUUGGAUGAGACAACUUGCUCUAGAAGUGCCUCUUCCCCAUCCUAUUGAUGACAGAGGCAGGUGGCUAAAGGCAAGCUGAAAGCAUCCCAUCCCUACUCCAUCCAGCAGAUCCUGACUCUGCUUUCCUUCUAAAUUUCAUUUUCUAAAUACAUAAUAAAUAUAACUAAAUUAUCCAGAUAUGUGAGUGAGUAUAUUGCAGCUAGACAUGUGGCAAAGGACCGCAGUGGGUGAGUUUUUCUGUUCUAUUUUCCUUUAGAAGUUAUUUUUUUGACCAAGAAAUUAAAACACAAUUACAUGGUUAAAUCUGCCUCCGUUGAAUGUUGCAAGAUGAUGUGAAAAGGUACUGAUCACCCUGGAGUCCCUCUUCACCUCAUAUCCCUCUGCAUCAGGCCAUUGUCUGGUGCAGUCUCUGCUCACAUGUCUGUGACAUAUUCCUCUGAGACCACGUUUUUCAAUUUUGUGCUAUUUUGCAAGUGAACCUGUAUGAAACAGAAAACAGAAUGUUGUUUCUCCUAAUGUAUUUCAUCAUACCAUGAAUUUUGGAAAUGCAGUUUAAAAGCUCCAGUAAGAGUAAAUAAAACUAUUCUGGUGCAAAAGAUGAGAGAUAAUUAUUAAUGACUGGAGUAUGUUGUGACAGCCAUAAAGCAAUGAAUCUGAAUUUUUUCCACUGUGUCAGGUCAGAGGUCUUCAUGCUACAUGGCAGCUGUUGUGUUCAUCUGUCCUUACUCUGCUUGUUUGUUCUUGCUGCCAUGGACUGUGGUCUGCUCUGUCCUGAUUUUUGCAGAAUGUUCUGUGUCUUGCUCCCGGUCUGCCAACUGCACUGGACCCAGCAGAUUGGUCUCAGAGUGACAAAUGACAACGUUAAAAUUACUUUUAUAUUUAGAAGAAAGAAAGAAAGCCCUUGACAAGGUGAUAUAAGAAUUUGCUUUCUUCAUAUUUUAGUCACAGAAAGGUUUUUGGUUGCCAGGCAGAGCUCCUCAUUGCUCUGUGUGCCAGCUGCCAGCUCCAAAGGGAUUUUUAUCAUCUUGGCUGAAUAUCCUGCUUGCCAUCAGCUCCAAAGUGCAGAGCAGUGUCUACUUCCAGACCAAUUUAUACUUUUUUUUAUCAGCUAUUUGUGACUGGAGAAGAGCUCAACCCAAUAUCUGGUUCCAGCCUCCCAGACAUUUGGAGUAUGACAGCCACCUCUUAUUUCCAUUUUCUAAUUAAUCUGUCUCAAUAGCAAACAAAUAAAUUUUCAUGUAUUUUCUAUGGAGAAAGGAUAAUUUAUAAACUCUUCCAGACAGCCUCUCUUUCAAGCACUUCUGUAAGCAGCUAUGAAGACUAAUCAGAGCCACACUGAUUAGCAGAAAUCUGUGUCUGCUUCCUGGAUGCCUCUGCCGGGGUUCCUGGACUCCACAUCAGGAACUGAGGCCUCCUUCACUAGGAACAAGCCAGAAAGAUUUAUGGAUGUUCCUUCCCUCCCUCUGACUGGAGUGGCCCUGUCUGAACUCUCUGUGGUGGCACUGACAGUUCAUUACCUGGCUAAUUCCAGCACCCUGUUCUUCCAGGGUGACCUGCCCACCCCAGCUCAGACCCGCUCCUCAAAAGGGCUGUGCUUGACCCCCCAGCACAAGAGAACACUGCUCCCAGCAGUGCCUCCUCCUUUUGCUGCUGGGGUGGCUGGAGCUCUUUUCCAAGCAGCUGGCUCCUGCCAGGGAGCAGCUGGAAAGCUGCAAGUGCACUGCAGGCAGCUGCUGCCUCAGAAGCUGGAGUGAAGGGGAGACUGACAGAGAGGAGGGAAAUCACCUCCCAUUUACAUGUCAUGUGCAGCCUACAUUUUCCCUCACCAUUCAGAUACUGAAAAUACAGCAGAACUGUAGGUGAUAUCAACAGGUACUGUAAGAUUUCUUUCCCAAAUGUCUUUUGAGACAGGUUCGUACAGAAAUUUGGUAUCCACUAGUGGGCAAAAUUGAGAUUCACUGGAGACUGGGAAAUACUGUAAGAUAUAUACAAAAUUAUAUAACAAAUACAGACCAGAAACAUGUCAGAUGUCUACACUUCUGUGUGGGUUGGUCAAACAGUAUAGUUGUAUUGUCAUCACCCUCUUCCAGUGGAUUCCUUUUCCUUUAGUUCUUUGUCAUUCUCUGAAGUUCUCAUCCAUUGAGGGUCUCUGUAUCCUCAAUCCCUGGCCCAGAGCAGUCAGCUAGCCUGGGACACAUCUCAGAGGAAUCCUUCACCCACUUCUCUAUCUCCAGCCCAAGUGGCUACAGCUGGUCCUACAGCUUCCUUUCCUGCCUCUCCUCUCUUCAUCCUGGGUCAGGGCAUCUUGCACCCACGAGCAGUGCUUACAGCUGCAAGCUCCUGCUGGGCCAUGGGACAUAUUUCAGGCACAAGAAAAUCCAGACAGGUUUGUUGUGCCCAAAGCAUGCUGGCACACACUGUUUAGCUUUGCACUGCUGCUUAAUGCCAGAUUUUAGAAAAAUAUUAGGAAGAGAGCCAAAUGCAAAGACUCAUACAAUAUAAGGGCCAAGAAAGGAUUUAUUUGUUUGUUUACUUAUUUGUUAGUGAUGUUUCUUUUCCCUGCCAGAUAAGCAAUAGUUAAUCCUCUCCAGAAACCAGCACACAGUUCUAAUAUACUGACAAAGCACUGGCCUGUCAAUAUGACCGUACAGCAAAUAAAUAUUGGCUGCAUUUAGUGCUUGUGAUGAACUUUUAAUUAGCCAUAGCAAUAAAACCUCACCAAAGCACUUAACAAAACACUUUUCAAAAGCCUCUUGACACGGUCAAUGUGCUCUUGGCUCUUGGUGUGUGAAUAGUUUCACCCAAGAGAGCAGCUUCGCCUUUGACCGACGGCUCUCCGGGGCUGGCACCCACCGUGCAGAUGGAUGCACACAACUUGUGCAAAGGUGCUACACCACAGCAGCUUCAAAGGCUGUUUUAGUGUGUGGAACACAACUGUGGUGAAGACAGUACAGAAAAGUCAAUUUAUUAAGAAAAGAGUGAUAACAAGAGCAACACUUUAGGAGGAUUUGUUCCGCUCAGUUAGUGCAUUUCUUUCCCUUUGUUUUCUUUAUUUGGAAAUGGCUUGCAUGUCCCAAGCUCUGCUUUGACUGAAUGCUGAUGGUAUGCAGCUCACACAGAUAUUCCAUCAGCAUCUAUGACCAUAAAGUGGAUUUGCACAUGGCUCUGGAAACUGGAUUUUGAUGCACCACGGCCAAGUCUUCCUGUUCUUGGCACAAGGAGCUGCAGUAGCUGUUUGUGAGGAGCAUUCAUGGACUGGAUAUUUAAAAUGUGACAGUAUGGAGGAUGGGUUUCAAAGCCAGGCAUUCUGAUUCUUCCUUCCAGUGCCAUGAUAGAACCUUAAGAGAGUUGAAUAACCAGUGCUGUCUGUGUGAUCCUGGCUCAACAUCUACCACUGAUGAUAGAUGUGCCCUUGAAGGACAUGCCUACCACAGACCUUUGCAGUGUGGAGCCAACACAUGUGCUGUAAAAAUUGUUGUUGGAGUUUUGGACAGGAAAGACUUUUCAGCCAGAAAGUGAAGCUGGGAUGCUUUGUCAGUGUAUUUGUUUAUUUUUUUAUAACAUCUGUGAUGGGGAGAGGAAAGAUGGAAAGGCUUAAUGCUUUCUACUGUCCCCACAGGUUCUGGUCAGGGCCUUUUCAGUUUGUAAAACCAAAGAUUGUGCAGGCAGAUAAAAAAGGAAAGUUUGGGAAGAACUAUAUUUGUAGUUCAAAUCCUAUUACUGUCCUCUAAAAUUCAAGUGACUGUAGAGCCCAUACAGACCCUCAGGUCAAGAGCCAAAGCAUCUUUUCCUCCAAAAACCUCAUUUUCCCACACAAUAUCUCUAGUUUGGGAGCUAAAAUUUUAUAGAUUACCUUCAGUGGUUCCAUUUCCAUUUAGUGGUUUGAGAAGUCAGCUGGAUUUAUGGAAAGGGAAGCAGAGACUGAUGGGAAGUUGGUUUUAGUGUCUCUGUCUGGACUGUGAGCCAUCAGAGUCAUCUGCCCACCCAGCAGCAGCUGAGUUCUUCUAUCAGUCUUUGGGCGCCUGUAUUCUAAACACACUCCAGAGCAUGAGAUCUUGUGUAGCUGAACUCCCCCUUGCCAAAGCCUUUCAUUACUAUGUUGGGCAAAUUAUUUCCUAGCAGAUGUUAGGUUUUCCAAGGUGGUCUUCCCAUUGCAGCCAAAGAGGAAAGUUGCACCUAUAGAUCUGCUGCCCCUGUGGUCACUGGGGUGCUGAUUGAAUUCCCUGUGGCGUCUCAGUCUGUGUCAGACCCCAGGUAGUCCCCUGCUUAUGCCACACACAAAACCUUUUUUGGGCACAGAAUGAAAGAGGUCUGGUAAACGCCUGAAAGGUUGUUCUACUUGGUUAUUAUUCAGAUAUGCUAAUUUAUUCAUGGGAAGAAAAUGAUCUCGCUGCACACAAAACUAAACCCUGGUUCCUGCAAUCACUUACAUUUCACUAACUUCACAAAAAAGUGGCAGGUUUGCCUUUGAAUUUACUCCCAUUCAUUCUGCUACCCUGCAAGGAAGUUCCUCAUGAGUUCCUGUGAGCAUCCUGAGGACUCCCAGACAGGCUGGGGGACUGACACCUUGUGAGAGAAAUAUCAGUUCUCUGUUUGAGUCUGGUCUUGUAAUGGCUGCAAUAUUUAACAAGCCCUGCUGAUCACACCUCGCUUUGUUAAUUGAACCCAUCCAGUGGGGCUGAAGGACAAGCAGAGCAAGUGAUAUGAAUCCUACCUGUUAAUUACCUUUGGGUGAGUCCUUGCCUUCAGACCUCUCCUCUGCAUCCUUCAAGGGCACAAAGUUUUUCCUGCAGCCCUUGAUCAAAAGACAAGGUUUCCAAAUCAGCUCUCAUCUCACUCACUACUAAAAUUAAACACUCACCAAUGCCA